GUUUUAUUGUAAAAGAUGUCUUUGUUCCAAACAGCAGCGGUUCUUUGCCUUGUUUUUAUGGUAAUGGGUAACAACAAUCCUGGAACCACUUUACAUCUUAAAGAAAUAUUUAUUGGGAGAUGUUGGGAUUAUAAGGAAAUCAAACAUAAAGAAUUUCCACUGAGAACUGAUGUGAAUUGUAAUGAUCUAUGGAAUGAUUUCUAUAAAGCCUUCAGCUAUCAAGCACCAUGCGAUGUAGCCAUGGAACAUUAUAAGGAAUACAUAGAUCUCGCCUCACAGAACGUCCCAGAAAAUAAGGGAAUGUUUUGGUCAGGAACAUAUGAUAUAGCUCACGAGUACGCCGAGGCUGGCAAGAGGUUUGUGACCCUGGAAGACACUAUGAUCGGGUUCCUGGCAAACAGUUUGAUUUGGUGUGGUUCGGGAUCAACAGGAGCUAACUUCACAAGGUGUCCUUCAUGGACUGACUGUCCUCUCGAAUCAAGUGAAUCUUUUUGGGCUAGUGCCUCAAGAGAGUUUGCCUCCAGUGUGAAUGGUGACGUAUAUUUGAUGUUGGAUGGUUCCAGAAAAGACAAGCCUGCUUACAGCAAAGACAGUUUCUUUUCUAAGUAUGAGCUACCAGCUUUAGAAAAUGUGAAUAAGAUUGUUAUAAUAGUUAAACACAACCUUGACGGUCCUAUUAAGGAAACGUGUAGUAACGGUUCUAUAAUAGAUCUACAAGAAGAUAUCUUAAACAGAGGAUUUGUCUUCAAUUGUCUCGACGAUCCAGCUGCAAUCAUUCAUCUGUUAUGCGCUGAUGAUCCGGAAGCCAGAGAGUGUAAAAUGGUGAAUAGGAACGAAUCUUACAACACGUUACUUCCGGUGAUUAACUCCAAACCUAGUAGAUUUAAUUAUUAAAUUUUCAAUAGAUGGUAA